UUUUUACAAGCAAAAUAGUUGUUUUUCAAAUAUUCUACAAGUUUUGCACUCGGUAGUGUAAUUAGAUACAACAAAUAAAUAUCUAAGUAAGCCAUCCGCUAAAAAUCCUUUCUUUUUCACUUGAACUAAAUCAUAACUCGGGCUCGGGCAUCUAAACGCACAAAGCAUCAGAAAUCUAUUGGUAUCCCAGCAUCAAGAUGUGCACUCUCAAUAAAAUUUGUUGUUGCCUAGAGCUAAGGCUUGGCGCACUGAUCGUUGGAAUCAUAGACUUGAUUUUGGUGGGUGGAGGAUAUCGUGCGAUGUAUUAUGCUCGAACUGCAGGCGAUAUAAUAUACUUUAUAGGCUUAGUUGCCGUCAUUGCCCAUUUUAUAGCGUGUAUUCUCGUGAUUGUGUCAUAUUUCAAGGAAAAGAAGAUAUUUCCCAUGGUUUAUUUAAUCACUCAAAUAGUACGCCUUAUUAUUAUUGCAAUUGGUUUGAUUAUGAUUCUAGUUAAUGGAUACACUGAUUGGGUGGGUGCUGAAUAUUAUGCAUGGACAGCAAUAAUAAUUGGUGUUUCUGUUUACUUCUGGAUAUGCAUUUAUUCGUGGUUCAAAGCUCUGGGUGGCUCGGUGGAAACUUGAUUUCCCAUUGGGACGAUAUUUUGCAAAUAUUUUGGAUCAAAUCAAUAUAUUUACUCUAAAUUUUGAAGUAUCUUUGAAAACUUAAACAAAAUUGACACAUUUGAAUAACUAAAACAUUCGGAAUAAAAUUAAUGUUGAAUUAAAA